AUGGAACAAGUUUCGCGGCAAGGGCAGGAGGUGGGAAGCGGGCCAUCACAUGAUCCCAUGUAUAUGACAAUACUCAGGAAGAAGAUGAAUUCUAACAACCCAGCAUUACUACAUGAAGUGCGAUUACACGAAAAUCACAGUGAACGAGAACAAAUGGAAAAUAUGAGUGAACUAUUUGCUGUAUUGAAUGCUUUGGAAUGUCUGGAAAAGAUGUUCAGCAGAGAUUACAUAUCACAUGAAGAUUACAAAGUUGAGUGCUUCAAACUACUUGAUCAGUACAAGGUGGCCAUGCGAUUGGUACAUGGUACCGAUGUCGAAGCUUUUGCAGCAAAAUAUCGUUUGCACUGUCCAGCAGCCCUGGAACGCAUUCACGAAGGGCGUCCUAUAACCGUGAAGGAUGACAAAGGAAAUGUACUCAAGAAUAUUGCUGUCAUUGUCGAGGUUUUCAUCACAUUCUUCGAUCAACUAAAACUGAAUGUUCGCGCUGUCGACGAGCUCUUUCCAAAUCUCAAUGAGCUCUACACUUCAAUCAAUGCAAUGAGCUCCUUACCUGAAGAUUUCGACGGUAAAAUAAAAGUGAAAGCUUGGCAUGAUCGUCUCUCCAAAAUGUCCGCAUCGGAAGAGAUCAGUGAUGAAGAUGCACGUCAAAUGAUAUUUGAGCUUGAAGCAGCAUACUCAUCAUUUAUUAAAUUCUUACACAACCAACAACAAUGAUUCCCAUGCUUUCACUGUAAAUAAUGAAUAAAUAAUAAAGUUUGUAAAGCUUUGUACA